AUGCGUGGCUUUUGGGAGGACUGGCUGCUGGGGCCUUUGAGGGACGUUGUUGAGACAGUGCGCGCCGGUGGCGAAGACGGCGUCAUCAUCACCAAAGAAAGCGUCCAGGCAGACUUAGAUUCCCUGGAACGUAUGGCGUUGGCGCUCGCUCGGGAGAAGCUGCAUUAUGACCCCGUGCAGAUGAACGCGCUCUCGCGCCAGAUCCAACUUGGCGACCUAACGCCGGUGAUGCAGAUUUACGAGGAGGACAUCAAGAGUCCGUUCAAGUCCGCUGUCGGUGGGACGCUCCUCCGGACGCUGUUCAUACAGGUGCAGAAGGCGAAGGUGGAUAUCGAUCAAGCCCUCGCCGGCAUCGACAAGCUGCUCAAGUCACAAGAAUUGACGUUCGCCUUCGUGGGCGUCGCUCCUGCUCUUGUCAUCGUCUAUGGGUUCACGGGCUACCUAUGGAAUAUCUGGACCGGCGGGAGAGGCCGUGGCCGUUAUGGUGGCAAGCACCGCAGAGCAAGCGUCUGGCUGAAAAUGAGACGUAUCGAGCGCCUCCUUAUCGCGCAGCCCAAGUCGCACCGCGUCACGCCAGGGGGCUCGCGUGGACAGCCCGCGCCCUCUAUUCCGCCGCUAACCUCCGGGCUACUCCUGCUUUCUGUCAGCCACCUUAGGACGUACGCAGAGACAUAUCUGCCCGCAAACUCCCGUCUGCGUGAGGGUUUCUUGGAGGACGUUGUGGACCUGGAGAACCCUGCGCUGGGCCGCGCGGAGAAGUUGCGCGUGCUAGACAGAAUGUGGCGGUCGUGGGGAGAGGUGCUGGGAUGGAGCCGGGCGGCCGACCCGAGCAGCCGUUUGUGA